CUUAUAUUCUCCAUAGUUUUAGUAGACUGAGCCAAUCUGUCUUUGCAUUUAAGGCAUCCCUUUUUUAUUAAUGACAAAUGCAGAGAAGUAAAGAAGAUUGUAUCUUCACUUGUGAAUACUAAUAACCAACAACCCUUGUCCUUUCAAAUUCAAGAAACUUUGGUAUUUAUGCCUUUUGUAAGAUGGAUUUCACUUUCUUUGACAGCUUCUAGCUGUCUUCUGCUGAUUCCAAGUCAGAGAAUUAAUGGGUCUAUAGAUUUCCAGGUGGUGAAAUUAUCCUAGCCAUUUAAGAUAGUGUGGUUUUGUGUAGCUUUCAAAAAGUGAGAUGGGUAUAUCUGUUCCUUGUCUAGAAAGAUGGUUUGGACAGGGAGAGGAACGUUUUUCAGGCGUCUAAAUACGGCUCCCUAAUUUCUUAUAUUUAAGAACUCAAAGCUUUUGUCAUCUACUUGAUUUCUUGGUAUAUAUCUCUCUAGUGCUCCCUCCUUCUCCAAUCGCCUACAGUGAAUGGAGCCUUCCAAAAUCCUUGGAGGCACCGAAGAAUGCCACAGCAGUGAAUCGGGGUGGACAAUGUACAUUGGUUCCCCCAUCCAAGGUGGUGACGACGACGACGACGACGGACACAGUGACGCUGAUGCUUAUGCUGCCAAUUAUGGUGGUCAUGCUGAUGAAACAGAAAUCAAUCACGAAGCCGACAGUGAUGAUUCUAUGGCUUCUGAUGCUUCUUCGGGUCCAAGUCAUCAGGGACAUCGUUAUGGAAAUAUGGAGGAAGGUCAUGGCACGUCCCAUCUCAAUGACGAGGUUGAGGGGGAAGGCAAUUAUUACUUGGACAAGGAAGCUAAGAAAUCACUGGAGAAGCAAAAGCUUGGAAUGAAAAAGAAAGAAGACAAAGAAGAUCAGAAAGAGCGGAUGACUCUCAAGGCAAAAGGAGCUGCUACUCCUCGAAGUGGUUCCAAGGUAAGAAAAAGCAUCUGGCUAGGAAAAAGAAAGUAGAACUAGUUCUUUUUGUCCUUUUUUUCCCCCUUCCAGUUCUUCCGGUGGUUUUGCAGGGAUGGUAGCAUGUGCUUAAAAAGUGUAUCAGAUAAAAACCUAUCUAUAUGUUGUGUGUUAUCAAAGCUCAGAUGUUGGAGUUCAAGCAAGAAACAUAACGAACAUAUUCCCCUCGUAAAAGUAGGUUUAAUUAUAAGCUUUUCUUUGUGCUCCACUGCUAGCAAGCUUGCAAUGGAUUUGACAUGCCUGCGGCCUGCAUUUAUAUAUUUUUAUAUGACUUUGAAUUGUUUUA